UUUACCCUGAUUCACCAUGUGGCUCAGGUUAACCCGGAAGAGCAGAGGAAACAGCGCCACUGGGCUGCACCUGGCAGGGCUGGGUCAGCGGGACGAGGGCAGGACGGUGAUGCCAGGAGAGGCCACGUCAGAGCUCUGAGCCCCUGCACUACUCCCGGGGAGACCUUGACAAAAGGACUGAGCUGACUCCCCAGGAGCCCCCAAAGGGGUCAGAGAGGGAGGUUAGGUGGCUCCAGCUAAGUGAGUGGACGCACAUCCUCUGUGGGUCUAGCCAGGAUGUGGGUGCAGAGGGGAGGAGAACGGGGUGAUCCCCAGAGGAGCCCCAUGCCUUGGGUUCCUCCUGCCUGUGCCCACAGACCCCUGAUGGAUGUAACCACCUUCAAGGACAACUUUGGUAUCACAUGGGCGAAUGAAACAUACCUGUGCUAUGAGUUGGAGGUCAAGGAAGGCGAUGACUGGGUCCGAGUGGAGGAGCUCCAGGGCUUCCUGCGCAACCAGGGUGCUGACACACACUGGGAACCUAGUCAUGCAGAGUUGUGCUUCCUGGAUCGGGUCCGUUCUUGGCACCUGGAUGAGGGGAAGCAGCACAGACUCACCUGCUACAUCUCCUGGAGCCCCUGCCCUGACUGUGCCCAGAAACUGGUGGACUUCCUGGGCGAGAACAGCCACGUGAGGCUGCGCAUCUUUGCUGCUCGCAUCUACACCUUUGUCAGUGGCUAUGAGGAUGGGCUGCGCAGGCUGCAGGACGCUGGGGCCCAACUCGCCAUCAUGACCCCCAAAGAGCUCCAGCACUGCUGGGAAAAAUUCGUGGACAACCAGGGCCAGCCCUUCCAGCCCGAGACUGAACUGUUAGAAAACAUAGGAGCCCAAUGUCAGAGGCUGGAGAACAUUCUCAGGGUGAGAAUCAGGGAAACUGAAGGAUGGACUCAAUCUCUCUAAACAGCCGGGGUCUUCUGGUGAACGACGCAUAAAACACUUUCUUCAAGAAAUGAAAACACAUCACGUGCCGGAUCCCCAACUUGAUCCACAGAAACCAGCAAAAGGCAACGACUGGGCUGAGAAGGAAUUUUUUUAAAAAUCUGAUUGAUUUACUUUUCAUUUAAAAUCAGUGAUUUGUUCUACAUACACAGCAGUAACAUUCUAUUCAUGACUAUCAGAAUCAUUUUUUCCUUUUAGGGAAAUGAUUAUUUUUUAUUGAUUUUAAAUCCAAAACAAUAAAAUGAAAGAUUAGGAAUCUCCAUAAAAUGUCUUUUCCUCUGUAAGUGUGUCAUGAAG